AUGAUCCGUUCAGACGACAAAGUUGGUGGUGUGGGUGAUCUGCCCUUGUCCCAUGUCAACCUGCAGGACCCUGAAAGCCCUCUCAUGCACCGUGAUGAAAUGGUAGCCGAAUUCGCAAAUCACGUAGGCCCGAGCGGAGAGCGGCUCACGGAGACGGGAGAAGUGACAGCUAGGCGUCAUCGUGGGGCGGAGUUGGUGGUCAGGACAGCGAGACGAUGGAUGGGCUUAACUGAGCAUGACGUCAAAGCCAGGGAGAGAAUGGAGAUGAUCGACGAGACGUGG